AUGAGCGCCGCACGGCCAGCCGCUAGGAGGUUCCUCUCCCGGCUGACGUCCUCUGCUGCUCCCACCACCCGGCCGACCUCGACACCCGCCGCCGCCCCCUGCCUCCAGUCAUGCAACUUCCACAGCUCGGCGCGCCUGUCCGCCCGGAGGCGGCCGCGCUUCCAGAACGUGAGGGCCUCUGAGAUGGGCCUCGUCACCCCGGAGGCCGUCAACAAGUUCACCCAGGACAACUUCCCCGGCUACACCGAGGAGGAGAAGGAGAUCCUGAGCAGGAAAUACACAAAGGAGCAGAUGGCCGCCCUCGAGGCCGGCGAGGCCGCCAUCGACCCCAAGGACCUGACGAUACAGGGCCGGCUGCGCACCGACGGCCACCGCUUCCGCUACCUCGACGACUUCGCGACCGUCCAGCCCAUCGUGGACAAGCGCAUGAAGACCAAGGCUCCCGCCGAUCCCAACGCCAAGUUCAUGUCUCCCGACGAGUUCGCCGACGACUUUGUCCAGUGGCUCGAGUCCUUCAUCCCCAGGGACGUCAACAUCGACAACCUCUCGGACGAGCAGCUCAAGGAGAUCGUCGACAAGCACGCGCCCAGCGACGUCGACUCGCUCCGGUUCUGGCUCGACCGCCCCCCCGUGACGGGCACCGGCGAGACGGGCAACACGGCCAUGGCGCCGGCGCUCGCCAAGGGCGUCCCGGGCGUCAAGGGCCGGUACAAGCGGCAGACGGACCCCGAGGACGAGGGCCUCGACGAGACGGGCGUCUACCAGGACGUCAAGAAGCACAUGGGCCUGCGCGUCCGCGACAUCCUGCAGCUGUCGACCAAGAUCCUCGUCACCCGCUGGGUCUCGAACCAGACCCGUCUCGGCAAGAUCCGCAGCGUCUCGGUGCUGGCCAUCGCCGGCAACGGCAACGGCCGCCUGGGCCUCGGCUCGGCCAAGUCGACCGAGCCCAGCACGGCCAUGCUCAAGGCCAGGCUCCAGGCUCUGCGCAACAUGAAGCCGAUCCCGCGGUACGAGAACCGGACCAUCUACGGCAACAUACAGAAGAAGGUGUCUGGCACCAUUGUCCAGCUGGCAUCUCGCCCUCCAGGUACGUGUAUUCUGAACCAUCAUCAUCCAAAACGUGAUCCAAAGAUCUCGAUUUCUAAAAACGAAUUUACUCUUCUAGGCUUCGGACUCCGUGUGCCACACAGGAUAUUCGAAAUGUGCCGUGCCGCUGGCAUUCAGGACAUCGCCGCGCGCAUCCCGCGCUCCAGGUCCCCCAUGAACACCGUCAAGGCGGCGUACGAGGCCCUGCUCGACCAGCCGGACCCGGAGGAGAUUGCCAUCGGCAGGGGCAAGAAGCUCGUUGACGUGAGGAAGGUGUACUACGGCGGCGCUGUAUAUUAG